AUGGAGAAAGUCCAGUACCUCACUCGCUCUGCUAUAAGAAGAGCAUCAACUAUUGAAAUGCCUCAGCAAGCACGUCAAAAUCUCCAGAACUUAUUUGUCAAUUUCUGUCUCAUCUUAAUAUGCCUCUUGCUGAUCUGCAUCAUCGUGAUGCUUCUCUGA